GGUGGCGGAGGGGCCGGGCCGGGGCCGUCACCAGUCACGGCGGCGCUGCGGGACGACCUGGGUUCCAACAUCCACCUCCUGAAGGGGCUCAACGUGCGCUUCCGCUGCUUUCUGGCCAAGGUGCACGAGCUGGAGCGGCGCAACCGGCUGUUGGAGAAGCAGCUGGAGCAGCAGCAGAGCGAGCGCGAUCGGCGGCUGCGCUAUAAGACCUUCUCCCGCGAGCAGGCCGUGCAGACCGGGCCGGAGCUGCUGCGACCGGCGGCGGCGGGCGGCGGGCCGGGCAGCGGCGCAGCGGCCGGUGUCAAUGCCAACACCGUGGCCCUGGGCGGCCUGCCUCCCGGCGGUGGCUCGCACCCGCAGCACUACGGCCGCCUGCCCGGGACCAUCUGGAGCUACACUCAGGUGCGCCGGACGGGCGGCGGCGGCGUGGAGACCGUGCAGGGGCCCGGCGUGUCUUGGGUGCACCCCGAUGGCGUGGGCGUGCAGAUUGACACUAUUACCCCCGAGAUCCGCGCGCUCUACAACGUGCUGGCCAAGGUGAAGCGCGAGCGGGAUGAAUACAAGCGGAGAUGGGAGGAGGAGCUCGCCAAGCGCAUGAACCUGCAGACCAUGGUGGACACACUCCAGGAGGCGGCACAGGAGGCUGAUGCCAUCCAGGAGGAGAUGAACGAGAAGAUUGAGCGGCUCAAAGCCGAGCUGGUGGUGUUUAAGGGACUCAUGAGUGACCCCAUGACAGAUCUGGACACGAAGAUCCAGGAGAAGGCCAUGAAGGUGGACAUGGACAUUUGCCGCCGCAUCGACAUCACGGCCAAGCUGUGCGAUGUCGCACAGCAGCGGAACUCCGAAGACGUGUCCAAGAUCUUCCAGGUGGUCCCCAAAAAGAAAGAGCGGAAAGCAGUGUCGGACGAUGACAUCUCGGAGCAGGACGGAGAGGCGAACCGGUUCUCAGACGAGGAGGUUGGCUCGAUGAACAUCACUGAUGAGAUGAAGCGCAUGUUCAACCAGCUGCGGGAGACCUUUGACUUCGACGAUGACUGUGACAGCCUGACUUGGGAAGAGAAUGAGGACACGCUGCUGCUCUGGGAAGAUUUCACCAACUGCAACCCGUCCAUCGACCCUCAGGGGGAGCAGGAGGAGAACUUGGGUAACUUGAUCCACGAGACCGAAUCCUUCUUCAAGACAAGAGACAAGGAGUACCAGGAAACGAUAGGUCAGAUUGAGCUGGAGCUGGCCACAGCCAAGAGCGACAUGAACCGGCACCUGCACGAGUACAUGGAGAUGUGCAGCAUGAAGCGGGGCCUGGACGUGCAGAUGGAGACCUGCCGCCGGCUCAUCAAGGGCUCGGCAGACAGAAACUCCCCGUCGCCCAGCUCGGUGGCCAGCAGUGACUCAGGAAGCACAGACGAGAACCAGGACGAGUUUGAGCGGGAGGCAGAUGUCGAGCCCAUGGUCAGCUGAUGACCGAGGCCCCGGCGGCGGCGCCUGGUGGUGCUAGAGAUGGGGCCCUGCCUGCCUGGGGCCCCAAGGCCCCCGAGGGGGGGUUCACGCCCUCACCACACAGACUGCCAACCCCUUCCUUCUCCGGAGGCCCAAGGGACUGCUGCUUCCUUCCUUCCUUCCUUCCUUCCACACUCCCCCCACCGACCGGUGCCCCCUCUCCACCCCUCCACCCAAGGAAUGGUGCUGUCUAUUUCUAUUGUUCUCCAUGUACCCAUGCAGACGUCGGUCUGGGUGAUGCAGUCUUAACCGUGCCUUCUCCCUUAAGCUGAGCCACUUUGAGCUCCAAAGGAUUAUUCCUAGCAGGUGUUUUGAUACAAAACUCUAAGCUGUGGGCAACCCCCUCCCUUCCCCCAUCCCGUGGUAGCCUGUGUGUUUUUCCCCCUUCCCACCUGCUCCCCUGAUUGGCCGUGAGCUCUGCCCUCCCUUCUUCUACCUGUCAGCCUGGACCACUGUGGGGCUGGGAGGAGUGGGCCUCUCCCAAACAGGAGCUGAGCGCCCCCAGCCUGCCCAGCCCAGGUGAGGAGACCUCCCCCACACCUCUCAUUCCCCUCACGGAAGGAGAGAAAGGUGGAAGAAGGGAGCAAAAGCAAUUCUUCCUUUUCUUUUUCGAUUAAGUGGCAACAGGAAGGGACGAGGCACUGUGGGGAAGGUGGGGCCUCACUGUUUAUACUACUAUGCAAAAAAACAAAAACAAGCAGCUUGCCUUAUUUCAUUGCGGGAGGCUGGCCUCUCCUGGACCUACGGUGUCCCCCAGAUCUGGGGGGAGGGGGCUGGGGCCAUCUCUGCAUCUCUGCCGCGCAGCCCCCGAGAGCGAGCAGGCUCUCAGGAGGGGAGUUUGGCCCCGGCUGGUAGCUCGCCCUGGGUUCUGCUUGGGCCCUUGGGAGCCUGGGGGGAAGGUCUUCUGUGCUCUGGUGAUUUGAUGCUCUGUUCCCUGCUCUGGCCACCUCCAGAGGACUAGCGCCUGUGCUUGCUCUGUGCAGAAGGCUGAAGGGGCCAGGCCGGGCACCCACCCCUGGUGAGCGCUGGCCCCACCAUCUUGGUUCUCCUAGACCUCAAGUUGCCCGUUGCUUGGCCUCUGGAAGGGGAGGGCCGGGAGGUGAUGAGGACCGCUGGCCGUUUGGAGAUGGUCCAUUAGGAGCUUGAGCCAGGGUGGCUGCCCUUUGUUCCGCUCAUGAGCAUACAUCUCUUCAUCCUGCAUGGACUGGCUGGCCAAUGGGGUUGGGGGGGUCACUUGAGCCAUAGCUUCUCUGGAUUCCUGUGGGCCUGAGCUGUAGGGCUCUCUGUUGAGACCACCGCCAGCGCCCUUCUUGGAGUAGGCCUUAUUUUCCUUUGUAAAUCCUACAGUGGUGGGGGAUUUUGCUUUUGCUGACCCAGGAGUGCCCCCUGGAGGUCAAGGAGCAAAAUGCGCCCAGGGACCAGAACUCGAUAUCCCCUUAUGCAUCUGGAGACACAAGAGGGCUUUGAGUGGGACAGGGACCCCUGUCUGUCCUCCCCAGGGCACCAGCAACCUUGAAGGGCCUUUUCUUUCUUCCAUGCCCAUCCUCUGUUUUUCAGUCUUAGCCAUUGUACAUACUAUUCGUAAUAUAUAUAUAUAUGUGUGUGGAAAGAGUGUACGAGAGUGUGCUAGCGUCAGCCUAAUUUAUCAGACCUUGGUGGCCUUUUGUCAUGAGGUUGUUUCACUUGUGUUUUUGGGUGGGGGACACCCUGCUGGUUCCCUGGGGGCAGUCUGGCCACGCGGCUUCCAUGCCAGGAUCUGCGUGUUCGCCUAACAGCCCUUUGGUCGGAACUUGGCAGACAGUAGGUUUGGGGUGAGAGCAUUCUCUCCUCUCCGCCCACCCUCAGUCUAAAGGUUACAGGGUUCAAAUGUACCUUACAAUUGUGGUGGUUGUUGUUAUUGUUGUUCUUUUAUGUCUAUUUUAACCAAAGGUUAUCAGAGCCAGUUGGGCCUGGACCGCAGCUGCUGAAAAGACUUCCGUUUUCCUGAGGGCCGGAUGGCGGCCGCCCUCGGGGGUCUCCUCUCUCCAGGGCUGGGGGAGGGGGGGUGUUGGAUGGCAUGGCUUGGAGGCCAGGCAGGCAGCAUGGAAGCCAGCCCCGAGUGGUUCCUCGAGGUGGCGAGAGGAUGACGGACCUAGCUUUAGAGUCCAGACUGCAAAGCCGUCGUGUGAGGGUUGUCAUGGCGACUGGCAUCUGGUGUAUUAUUUUUGCCCCAUUUCCCCCCGUGUAUGCAUAGGUUGUUUAUCUUUGGAGAUGAGGGUGCUGUGCGUUUGACUGGGGGUGGCAGGGGCUGAGAGCGCCUCCCAGCUGCUCACCACUGGGAGCAAGGAUCCCGGACGGGUAAAUAGGGGGAGCAGCCAGAGGUGGGGCCGCCCUGCCUCCUGGGCUGGUUCCGGGGUCUUGGCCCUCCUGCCUGACUCCUCACCCAGUUCUUUUUUGAAUUCGUUGUCAGUGGGUCCUGCUUCCCUCCUCACCACGAGCCCACAGCUUGCCAAGAAAGACCCCACCGCUCCCCGGGCAGCACGGCCGGCUGGCGACGACCUGGCCUGCCCUUCGUAAAGCUGUACAUACUUUGUUUGGCUUUCUUCUCUCUCUCUCAGCCCAGUGUCAUAUUGACACUGGUAUUUUACAAUUGCUCUCAGACUGGCUCUCCUUUGCUGCCCUCUCUCACACUCCUGGGUUUUUUUGGUGGGGGGUUGGUUCAAAAGAGAGGGUUGCGAAGGGAUGGGGAGAGGGGCUUCCUUUUGGCUCCCAGAUGGUGGGACACACACACAC